AAAAAAUUCUGCCGCGAGAGUUGCGUUGUAUAAAGCUCUCGAGGAAGUAGGAGUCUAGACCCUCGCCUAAUAACUGCAGACUUGUCGAAGCCACCUGUUACGACCGGACGAUGGCAGCGAAGCGGAAGCAUAGCCGAGCGAGGGCGGUGACAAUGCCUUCCACAAGUGGUGUCGCCAUUGAAAAACCUACAGAGCUCAGCAAAAUUACUUCCGUUAACAGCAACAAGAACCGCUAUGCUUCGUCGAAUGUCGUUUUCAGUUCUGGCACCAGCACGCCGAUCCGUCGGAUACCCCACGAUUCCAACACAUCACUUCCACAGUCGUUGCUGCCUACGGUCUUGCAAGACACAGCUGAUCCGGGUACCACAGGCGAGCGCGAGAAGUAUCUUCUCACAGUUUGUCGUGCUCUGAUGGCAUACGGCGCACCAACUCACCGACUCGAAGAAUACAUGUACAUGACAGCAGAGGUUAUAGGUCUGAGGGUGGAAUCGUUCUAUCUGCCAGGAAUCAUGGUCGUCUCCUUCAACAAUACGAUUUGGCGUAGCACCGAGGUCCACAUCGUAAAGACACCACAGGCUCUCAACCUUGCCAAACUCUACGACUCACAUCAAGUCUAUAAGAACGUCAUUCACGACAGAAUGACCAUCGAGGAGGCCACCCACCGGCUCGACGAAAUCAUGACUAGUACGGACAAAUACCCUCGCUGGUUGUGCGUCAUCAUGUUUGGCCUUGCUUCUGCAUGUAUCGGGCCAGUAUCUUAUGGUGCAAGGCCGGUAGAUCUGCCCAUCAUCUUUCUUUUCGGAUGCUUGCUCGGUUUCAUGCAGCUAGUCAUGGCCGAAAAUUCGGAGCUAUACGCUCACGUGUAUGAAGUAUCGGCAGCAAUCUUGAUGACAUUCCUCUCCCGCGCCAUUGGAUCGAUCAACUAUGGCUCUGGUCGCCUGUUCUGCUUUUCCGCCAUUUCUCAGGCGUCUUUGGUUUUGAUACUCCCGGGUUUCAUUAUCACGAAUAGCGCACUGGAACUGCAAUCGAAGAAUAUUAUCUCUGGCGCCGUACGCAUGGUAUACGGUAUCAUAUUUGUAAUGUUCCUUGCCUUUGGUUUCACUGUUGGAAUCACGCUGUAUGGCGCAAUGGACGAGAACGCGACGUCUGCGACAACUUGUGAAGCGCAAUGGCCGUUCUGGUGGAAAGUGACCUUUGUCAUACCAUUCACUUUCUGCUAUAUAAUUAUCAACCAAGGCAAGUGGAAGAAAGUCCCUGCAAUGCUGGUUCUGUCGAUGAUUGGUUGGCUCGUCAACUACUACGCCGCACAGGGAAUCUCGAGAGGAGCGCACGUUUCGAAGGGAUUUGGAUCAAGCAUCCAGCUUGCGCAAAUGCUCGGCGCUCUCGCCAUCGGACUCGUCGCUAACUUCUACUCACGGCUGGGUCAAGGUCUCGCUGUUGCUUUGUUGCAUCCCGCGAUUUUCAUCCAAGUUCCUGGAAGUUUUGCUGCAUCAGGCAGUUUGAUCAAUGCUGUGGCCAACGCUGACCUUCUGACAAAACAUAACUCUGGAAGUGACUCGCUUGGUACCGUACAGGACAACAGCUCCUUGACAAACGCCGCCCUUGCAAUGGUGGAGAUUGCGAUUGGAAUCACCGUCGGUAUCUCAAUUAGUGCGCUGUUGGUAUAUCCCAUACGCAAGAAAAGAAGGAGUGGUCUGUUCAGUUUUUGAGAUUCUGCAUGUCAUGAGGCAAAAUUGAUGCUACAGAUGUGGUCGAAGAAAUCUUGAGUUGCCACGAUACGUUAAGCCAUGCAUGGUCUAAAUCAUGUUCGCUUCCACAGCUCAGAAACCGCUAAAACGCAGACUCUUUUGCUAAUAGUCGAGAGGGGAUUUUUUGCGGGUCGUGCAGGCAUCUGACCGGACGCUUGAUUGCGCCCACUCGCGGUUGUGCUUCCCAAAUCCUGCUCUAUGGUGACCUGCUCUGACUUCAUCGAGCCUAUCUCUACAAACCAUAGUUCCAAUGAACUGUUGGUCUGUUGAGGGACUUACCGACAUUAUCGGCAAACUCACCAAGGUAGUUACCUG